AUGGCUGAGCCACUUACCGUCGAUUCUGUAGGCGCCAUUCAGGCGAUGAUCCAGGAGCUACACAUCCGAGCCGAAGGUGGAAAUUCUGUCGACGAAGAGACACUUGCCCUUCGGAUGCUUGCUGCCACCAGCGCUGAGCCUGAUUAUGAUCUCUCGCAGGUCAGGCGUCUUGAUGACGGGCAGGCCCCUGGCCCAGUCACUGCCAGUGCCGACGGAGAUGACAAGUUCAAUCAGCUCGCAGAGCUCAUGAUGGGCAACACCAAGACCCCAGACCAGCAAGUUGCGGAGGGCAAGAUCCCCACGACCAGCCCCGUUGUCGUCAUGGACCCUUACUCCAAGCAAAAUGCUCAAUCCAACUUUGCCACCCUCAAAGACGCUCAUUCCAUUAUCCAGCUGUAUUCGAAUUUGAUGCAAGUCCAGCAGAAGCCUACCGGAUUCAACAUCACAUCCGAAGCAGCAUCUGGGUUCGCCUUCCAAGCGAGGCAAGCCUACAAUGCCAUGAUGGGUCCUCUUGCGGGCUACUACAACUUCUCCGCUGGCUCUGUGCAGAAAUACAGCAACCAGCUCGAGCGCAACCAGAUCCAUGACGAUUUUCUUGGCAAGGUCUUUGACGGAUUUGGGUUCGACAAGGCCACUUUAGCUGCUCUGGACACCAAGCUGACAACUUUCGUCUCUGCUAUCAAGGGCAUCAAUCCUGGCGCCGCACAGCCGUCCACUUGGGACUUUUCCCAGAUGCUUGGCCUGUGUCCCAAGCUCAACAUUACAGCCGACGAUUCCGACCCCGAAUGGGUAUUCAACCCUACCACGUUCCUCUUGUAUAUGCAGGUCGACGCUAAGACAUUCCGCGAGAGCAUUAGCAAGAACAACUCGGUCGACAAGGUCAAUUUCAAUUUUCAGUUGACUGUGACCAAGUGCGAACUCAACGUCCGCCGUUUCGAAGCUGACCGGGUCAAGUUUGACAAGAUGUUCAACUUGGUCACCAGCCACAACCUCAGCGCCUAUAGCGACAUGUUGAACCAGACAAUUCAGCAGAAGAACGAUCUCGCCAACCCGAAGUAG